CGUGAUAACAAGUCCGCGAGGCGAGCUUGCGGACGCGGGUGGCCCUUGCCUCGCCUGAGUCCUGCCCCUGCGUGGUCCGCCGGGUCGAUGGCGCUCCUCAGGGGUGCGUGGAGCGUGCUGAGCGCCCUGGGGAGGUCCGGGGCAGAGCUGUGCGCCGGCUGUGGAAGUAGACUGCGCUCACCUUUCAGUUUUAUGUAUGUUCCAAGAUGGUUUUCAUCCACCAUGAAUGGGUAUCCGAAGAAACCUUUGAAUUCAUACGUUCGCUUUGCUAAAGAAAAGAUGAACAUAAUUAAAGCUCAGAACCCAGAUAUAAAAGUUACAGAAGUAAUGAAAAGAAUUGCAGAGCAAUGGAAGGAACUUCCUAAUGCAGAGAAAAAAGCAUAUGAAGAUGCUUACAAGGUAGAGUUGAAGGCAUACCAAGAAGAGAUGAAGAGAAUUAAUGAAGCACUAACUCCAGCUCAGAGAGCAUCUUUGGCAGAAAAUAAAAUACAGAAACGUUUAAAAAGGAAAGAAGUAAUAAGAAAGAAAAACCGGGAAUUGAACUCAGACCCUUGCACUUGCCAGGAGUUAUCAAUGCUUGGAAAACCAAAAAAAGCUCGCACAGCUUAUAACAUUUUUCUGUCUGAAUAUAUUCAGUCCUCUGAAGGUGCUACGAUACAGGAUAAAUGGAAGUCUGCGUAUGAAAACUGGAAAAAUAUGUCUAGUUCUCAGAAGCAAGUAUAUGAACAGCUUGCCCACGAUGAUAGAGUUCGUUAUUAUAAUGAAAUAAAAUCUUGGGAAGAACAGAUGAUUGAAGUUGGACGAAGUGACGUUGUACGUCGCAAGACCUAUCUCCAGAGCAGGAGGAUGAAGGAAAAACAAGACUGAAUGUGUUGCCAGUGGACAGGCACAGGAACCAGUUGGGUCUCACUAUCGGACAGUGUUGUAAAAUUAGCAGGAAUAAUGUCAGCAAACAUUUGAAUUCAGUUACUUUUUCUUUGUCUCCUAGACUGCUGCCACUUGAAGAUACUUUGUGGUGGUAGUUUGAAAACCCAAACAGAUGAAAGUUCGUACAGAAUUUUAUUUUGUGUUUAAGAAGUACUGGGGCUGGGGAUCAGAAUGAUUCAAACAAAUGUAGCAGUGAAUUAUUUACCUUGAAUAGGGUAAAUCAGUCUGUGAAGUUUUUUACACUGGAAGACAAUUAUGAAAAUAGUGUUCUUAUUUCUCAUACAAUGGAGGCAGGAGUUUCUUUUCAAAACAGUCACAAACUGUGGGAGCCACACUGUUCUGAGAUCCAAUGGAGCCAGAGCCCUGUGUGGGGACACAUGUUACCAACCAGCACGUAGGAGGCUGAGGCAGAAUUGACACCAGCUUGAGGCCAGCGUGGGCUACCCAGUGAGUUCAAGGCCAGCUUGGAAUGUGAAGGGAGACCCUAUCUCAGUAGUAAACAGCCUGACUCUUAGCUAAAUCCUAAUUCUUAGGUAUAAGUCAGAGUAUUUAGAAUUGAUGGUUGUAUAUGCAAGUGAUUGUUUGGUAAUAACUUUUUAUAAAAUGGAUGGAGAGACUUAAAACCCUUUUUCUCAUCAUUUUCCUAAAGUACAACUAUGUACCAAUAUGUAUGCAUAUUGGUUUAAUUUGCAUAGAAUAAAAAUUUUCAU